GCCACAUCCGAUCUUUCUCGGACGCCAUUUUGGCCAGGGCAGGAUCGGAGCCGCUGUGUAUUGUCUGGAGGAGGAACUCAGUCGCCGGCUCCUUCCCCAUCAUCACCAUCAUCCUCAGCCGGCCCGGGGUCCCCGCGCCCCUCCGUCCCCCAUCCGCCUGUCCUCCCUGCCGGCCGGUGAGGGGAAUCCCGGCCUCUGUCACCCCCAUCUCUGGGGCCCCCGAGUGGAGCGCUGCAGCUGGACUCCUUUCGUCAGAGACUGCAACUUGGAUGUAUGGACACCAGUUCCAGCCGCGAUCACCUUGCUUUGUGUGAGGUUUACCAUCAUCAUUUGUGGCACUGGCAUUCUUGCCCCAUCUUCUUGAUCUUCACAUUUUAUUGACAAUAAGGUAGCAAUAAUGUUCCAGCUUCCUGUAAAUAACCUGGGCAGUUUGCGAAAAGCUAGGAAGACUGUGAAGAAGAUCUUGGGGGAUAUUGGCCUGGAAUACUGCAAAGACCAUGUUGAUGAAUUUAAACAGUUUGAACCCAAUGACUUUUAUGUGAAAAACACUUCCUGGGAUGAUGUUGGCCUGUGGGAUCCUUCCUUCACAAAGAAUCAGGAUUAUCGAACAAAACAGUUCUGCUGCAGUCAGUGCCCAUUUUCAUCAAAGUUCUUCUCUGCUUACAAAAGUCACUUUCGAAACGUCCACAAUGAAGACUUUGAGAACCGGAUCCUCUUGAAUUGCCCGUACUGUACUUAUAAUGGCGAUCGAAAGACUUUGGAAAUGCACAUCAAGGUGUUCCAUGCUCCCAGCGCUCCUCAGCCCAACCCAGUCCACAGCGCUUUUAAAGAUAAAAACAAGUUCGACAGCCUUAAACCGAAGCAGGGCGACAGCGUUGAGCAAGCAGUUUAUUAUUGCAAAAAGUGCACUUACAGAGAUCCUCUCUAUGAAGUGGUGAGAAAACACAUAUACAGGGAACAUUUCCAGCAUGUUGCGGCACCGUACGUUGCGAAAGCCAGUGACAAAUCACUUAAUGGUGCCAUGCCUUUGGGCGGAAACCCAAGCAAUGAAAGCAGCAUUCAUUGCAAGCGAUGCCUGUUUAUGCCGAAGACUUAUGAAACUUUAGUCCAGCAUGUUAUUGAAGACCACGAGCGCAUUGGUUAUCAAGUAACUGCAAUGAUUGGGCACACAAACGUGGUUGUCCCUAGAUCCAAGCCAUUGAUGCUGAUUGCUCCAAAGCCACAAGAUAAAAAAAACCUGGGUAUUCCACAAAGAAUGGGUCCAAUGUCCCCAGGGAAUGUCCGGCCUCUUCCUUCUCAACAAAUGGUGAAUAGACUCACGAUACCAAAGCCUUCGAUGAAUUCUAAUAUGAUGUCCAAUGUCCAUAUGCAGCAGAAUAACUAUGGAGUCAAAGGAAUGGGAACGGGAUACUCAAUGGGGCAGCAGAUGAGAUUAGGAAUGGGUGGCAAUGCCCCAGUUUCUAUCCCCCAGCAGUCCCAGUCAAUGAAACAAAUGCUUCCUGGUGGGAAUGUAAGAACUUAUUCUCUUGGUAAUGACCAGAGGUCGCCAGCUCCUUUAAGGUACUCUCUUCAACCUGGAAACUCUGGUCUUUCCGCUAGCCAUCUUAAGCCAACUUCCAUGAAUUCACCCCAUAUAGCUUCUCGAUCUCUAGUUCAACAGAGUGGAAAACCCUCUGUAGCAGCUCCUGCGGCGGCUGCCGCUGCCAUUGCUGCUGCAAACUCUACUUCAUCUACUCAAAAAUGGAAAAUCUGUACAAUCUGUAACGAGUUAUUUCCUGAAAAUGUGUACAGCAUCCACUUUGAGAAGGAGCACAAAGCAGAAAAGGUGCCAGCAGUGGCUAAUUAUAUAAUGAAAAUACACAACUUCACAAGCAAAUGUCUUUACUGUAAUCGAUACUUGCCAACUGACACUUUGCUAAAUCACAUGCUAAUACAUGGCCUAUCCUGUCCUUACUGUCGAUCAACUUUUAAUGACGUAGAGAAAAUGGCUGCUCACAUGAGAAUGGUUCAUGCUGAUGAAGAAAUGGCACCUAAAACAGAUUCCACUUUGACUUUUGACUUGACAUUACAGCAGGGAAGUCACACCAAUAUCCAUUUACUUGUCACCACGUACAACCUACGGGACGCUCCAGCUGAAUCUGUAGCUUACCAUGCGCAGAAUCAACCUGCUGCUGCUGCUGCUGCUGCUCCUCCUCCGAAAUCGCAACCAAAAGUAGUUGAGAAGGUGGAUCCAGCUGUCAAAAACUUACCACAAACUGCGGUGCCAUAUAAGAAAGAUGUAGGAAAAACUCUCUGUCCCCUCUGCUUCUCCAUCUUGAAAGGUCCCAUAUCUGAUGCUCUCGCCCAUCACUUAAGAGAAAGGCAUCAAGUCAUCCAGACUGUCCAUCCUGUUGAGAAAAAGCUCACUUACAAAUGCAUCCAUUGUCUGGGUGUGUACACAAGUAAUAUGACUGCAUCAACUAUUACAUUGCACCUUGUGCAUUGCAGAGGCGUUGGUAAAACCCAGAAUGGGCAGGAUAAGACAGCCUCAAUAAAAAUAAAUCCAGCCCAAGCAAUGCCUGCAAUGAAACGUUCAAAUGAAUUUGUGGAAAUAGCACUUGCGAAGAAGAGAAGGCCAGACGAAGACCCAGAUGCACCAAUCAUUUUAGAUGAUAAGCCUGAAACGCCGGUGGCCUUGGCGCUGGAUCCAAGGGGACAUGAAGAUGACUCCUAUGAAGCCAGAAAGACAUUCCUUACAAAUUACUUCAAUAUGCAGCCCUAUCCUAGCAGGAGAGAGAUUGAAAAGUUGGCAGCCAAUUUAUGGUUAUGGAAGAAUGACAUUGCAUCCCAUUUCAGCAACAAGAGGAAGAAGUGCACUAGAGAUUGUGAGAGAUAUAAACCCAGUGUCUUGCUUGGUUUCAACAUGAGGGAGCUGAAUAAAGUUAAGCAUGAGAUGGAAUUUGGUGCUGAAUGGAUGUUUGAAAAUAUUGAUGAAACCCAAUCCACACCUAAUGCAAGUAAAACGAUGGAUAAGAAAAAAAUGAACGAGUCUAAUUCUUCGGAUAGUAUUGCAAAUGAUGAAGAGAACUCAAAUGAAAGUACUAGUGAGCAGACUGUAGAAAAAGAUGUUAAAGUACCCGUAAAGUCCCCUAUUUCAGAACUGGAUACAAGUCUUUCACUAAAGCCCAAGGAACCUCUAGAACACCAAAAUUCAAAUGUUUUGUCAAAAGCGAACAACCACUCUGAAACAUCAAAUGAAAUCAUCCUAGACAAUUCUGAUAAUGAGGAAGAGAUUGAGGAUCCACUUGGGAAGAAAAAUGAGGCCUCCCUUUCUGAUAGCAAAGCUGGUUCUUGGAAGCCUACUGUCUUCGAUAGCGGAGCUUCAGCUGCAAAGCCUGUAACUUUGCUCAAUGAUUCCAGUCACAGUGAGGAUGCAGAAGAUAGCAAAGAGAUUGUGAAAGAUCACUUGGACAGCGAUGAGGAGCAAGCCCAAUGGAAAACAAAUGCAUUCGAAAAAGCUGAAGAGUUUUGGUCUAAAGACAAAUCGCCAUCAUUAACUAAUUCAACAGUAAAGGAGGAAGGUUUGUCACAUCAGCCACUGGAAUGGCAGACUAGCACAAAUGACAGUGAAGAUGGGGAUCAGUUUGACAUGACUGCUGUUACAGACACAAUGCACAGCAGUCUACCAGGUGUAGGACUCAGUAGCCAAGAAGUAUAGGUUAAGUUUUUAGACACCACUGCUAUGUACAGCCAAGUAGCUGCUGAAAUAUUUUCAUUACAACAGGACUGCUAAGCUUCCCUCAAACUGUUACUGCCCAUAAGUGGUAGGUCUCCUGCAAUGUGGGAAUCUCAGCUGCUGGAAUUCCACCAUUUCUUUAAAAUGCUUGUGAUAUCCUCUGCGUUGGGCACUCGCCAAUGUGAAAAGCAACAUUGGAUGAUAUAAAAUGCACAUGUUUUAUCGGCAAUUUUUCUUUAAAUCAAUGUUCAUCAGUAUGUAAUUUUUCUGUUUUUCUUCUCCCCCUCCCCCCCCCCCCCCCCCCCUUACAAAAAUAAAAAAGCAAACAAACAACAAAUCACUUGCUGCAGGGAAACCAGCAAACCUCACUGAGUGGUUUCCAGCAGCUAAACUAUGUGACACCCAUCACAGAUUCUUCUAAUAGAAGAUUCUGGCUCACUGUGUAUAGAAUUUUGGGAUACUAAUUUUUGUUCUUCAGUCAUGUAUUCAUUCUGAAUAGUUAAAAUGUAUAUUUGUACAGUAUUUUAGACUUAUUCAAAGUGAGACUUAUGACAAUGUUCUCGUGUACCCACUAUAGUUUUUUUUUUCCUUUUUUUGGUCCUUUUUUGUUUUUUUAUUUAGUGAUGGCCUGCUGUGUAAUUAACGCUGUAUCUAGUUUAUCUAGCGAAAGGCUUGAAAAUGCUAUAGUUAAAAAAACAUACAAAAACAACAAAAAAACUAAAAUGAGUUAUGACAAACUUAGUUUUUGCACAUAAUCUGUACAAUCUCAAAAUAAAGUCCGGUCAUAUAACGUAUAUCUGGGCUAUUGUACUAGAUCUCUCCCACCCUCCGACCGCAAAUCACCUGAACACCCUCCACAUUAAGAACUAAUACAUCUCUUCUAAAAUUCCAAUUUGUAAUAUUUUAAAGUAUACAUGGUUCCCGCAUGCAGUAGAGGCGAUCAUUUUGGGCCUGGCGAAGGUUUGUGGGUGCUGAAACUUAUGAAUUUCAUAGGUUCAGUGUUUGUUCAGCCCAGUAAAAAUGUCUGCCUCCACUAUCUGUAGGUGGCAGGUGCACUUUAAACUGGGAUGUCUAUUGCAAGAAAAUUUGCAAGCCUACAAAUUUUGACACCUUUUAAGGAAAAAUUCUGUAUAAUAUGUAUUGUGUUAAAGUAUCAAACAAAACACAAUGCUGUAUUUUGGUUAUUAGUAUAUUUAGUUUUCCACAUAGUGAUGUUCAUUUAUACCAUCUAAUAUUGACACACUGUUGUAGUAGUAUUUUGUGAUCUUUCUUUCCCUUUGUAUUCAUUUAAGCAUCUAAAUAAAAAGCUGUAUUGUGCUUAA